AGCGUCAGCCGUGGCGCGCAGGCGCACACACAGCAGCCAUGCUCCGAGGGUGGACGAAGGCAAACGGUCGGAUAAUGGAGGAACGGCUAAUAGCGGCGGUUGCGGAUUACCCGGAGUUAUACAACUCGACUCUGAGUUCCUACAAGGACGCAGAUAAAAAGGCGAAGGCGUGGAGAGCUGUCAGCCUUCAGGUGGAAUUGCCGGAGGAGGACUGCCGGAGGAAGUGGAAAAGUCUGAGGGACAUGUUCAUUAAGGACAAGCGGUCGGAGCAGCGUCGCAGAGCGUCCGGGGGGAUCCACCGCAGCUGGAAGUACAGCUGGCAGAUGGCCUUCCUCACGCCCUUCAUCCAAUCACGGACCAGCCAGGCCAGCGCCGCCAUGGACGAGCUGGACGAGGACCGCGACGACGACGACAAGGACGAGGAGAAGAUGGAGGGCGGCGGGAACCCCAGCUUCGUCAUCCACGAGAUCGAGGGGGAGCACAGCGAGGCGGACCCCCCCGCCGGGUGGCAGGGCUCGCGCAGGAAGCGGCGCUGGCAGGUGGACGGACUGGAGGGCGCGGAGGACGAGAUGUUCCUGCUCAGCCUGGUGCCCUACCUGAAGCGGCUUCCCUACGAGAAGAAGAGCGCCAUCAAACUCAAGUUCCACCAGCUGCUGUACGAGGCCGAGUUCCAGUAGCCCCGCCCCCUCCAGUAGCCCCGCCCCCUCCCGCACUCUGUCCUGUCUUCUGUUCGGCACUGCCUCGCUAUGGCGGCCGUGCACACGCUCAAAGUCUUUAGCAUGUUGUAGCGCCCCCUGCAGGAGGGGCUGGGUUAGGGUUUGACCAGAUUGGGCCGGGCUGGGUGGGGUUGGGCCUUGCUGGAUUGGGUGGGGUUGGGCUGGGCUGGGAUUGGCUGGAGAUGAAGAUGAAGAUGGUGGGGAGGGGAGAGGAGCCAUUUGCAGCCUAGCCUGGGCAAUCAAUAAAGUUUUAUUUGUAUUUUUUUUUUUUUUAGACCUGCAUGAUGGACAUCUUCCUGUGUGUUGCUUCUUUUCUGUACUUUGAGCCUUGUUACACCUGUAACACACUUUCUUUUCUUUUUUGGGAGGGGAAGGGGGGGUUGGGACUGAGAAGGGUGGAGAGAGGGGAUUGUACAGUGAGCUAUUUUUACUAUAUAGCUUUAAAAAAAGAUUCAGUUUUUACUUUUAAAUACAAUGGAGAGAAGAGAGAUGGAAAGCACAUUCUAAUGAGAUAAAAUGAACAAACGGAGAGAAAAGAUGCAUAGAAGAUAUGAGCUUGUUAAAAAUCCACAGUACUCCCACGGAAAAAAGAUUAAUUUCCUUUUUCAUGGUUUGGGUUUUUAAAGCCUUUAAAGCUGAAUAGCCAUCAGGUUGGAAGCAGAAUGUGCAGGUUAUCAGGUGAAAAAAUGAAUAAACUGUACAACUGAAAAAAGUGCAAGAUUUUUUGUGUCAGGGCUGUGUGGGAUAGAUGUCUGUGGGGACUUUGGGUCAAGGGUUUUGAAGUAGAAUACUAUUAUUUGCUUUUUUCAAAUGUCAGAAGAAUUGAGGAUGUAGCAGUGACAUUUACGUUCUACGUUUUACGUUUCUGUGUGCAUUUAACUGCUUUUAGGUUGAGCUACUGUAGGGGGGAAAGAAAAUUGCACCCAACAUUUAUACCUCAGUAAAGGGCCAAGGAGGCCGGUCGUUAGAGACUGCAGCAGUGGGGCUGUCCUCUGCAGGUACUGGAGGGGAAGGGGCAUGUUUGCUGUGUUCUGACUGGGAAUUUGUUCACAUUCAUGCAGAUACACGCCUGUGUUGGUCGGCAAAAAAAUUCCUGCAGGCAUAAGUUUUUUUUUUUUUAUAAGUGUCUGUUUUCCACCCCCCACCCCACUCCCCCCACCCCACACACACACAAUUUGCACUUGUACAGUUAAUUCCUGAAUAGCAUUCAGUAAUUAAAAAUCCUGGAUUGAUCUGUUAUUAAAUCCAUCGUUUCAUCCUUACAAAACAUGUUUUGUUUAGAUUUUGUGCUUGAUUGCUUGAUUGAUUUGUUUAUCACUUAGUUCACAUUAGUUUGUGCUAUUCGUAACACUUAAUGUGUAAUAUGUUAUGAAUGGGAGAGUGAAAGGGUCUUCAUGAUAACUUGGUUUUCUUUUCUUACAUGUACUUGUUCUCACAGAAGUAUGGGGAUGAGUAUGAAUAUAAAAAUAUAAAAUUAUUUGUACUUGCUAAUCACUCUUUGUAUUUUAAAUAAAAAAUAUGUCAGUGUUA